AUGCAAACCACCCGCCAAUUAAGGCUUUGCGUGACGGGCUUCGGUCCAGCGCCGCCCAGUACCAUAUGUGUCUCAGCCGCACAUAACCACCCGCCUCUUAUGGCUCCGCGUCGUAGACGCGCAGGACAGUCACAACGGUGGCCGCCCUCAUCGAAUCUACACCGCUCAAGACUCAAUGCCACGGACACGACAUCGCGAGGACUCAGACGAGACCAGAUGACCGGAUGCAGGGACGCUGCGCGCCUCAAGACUGAAGGCCUCGUCAGGCACAAAGACACCAGACGCACGGCCAGUCGGACGUCGGGCUCCCGGGUUGCUUAUCUAAAACACCGGUACACGUAUUGGGCCCGACAUGGAGUCAAAGGACCCAAUUAUGUGUCCGUUCGGGCGUUGCGUCAAAAAUUUGUUAAUAUAUCGCUGGAGAAAAACAGAAAAUACGGCCGAAUCUACGGCUCCUAUAUGUUCACCAAUAAGUGGCUCACAAUCAACGAACCGGAACUCAUCAGAGAUAUCGCUGUCAAGGAUUUCCACAUAUUUCCCAACAAAUAUGACAUGAAUUACGGCAAAACAUACAUCACUUCCUCGUUAUUCCUGAUGAAAGGCGACCACAAUUGGAGACGAGUCCGCUCUGUCGUCACCCCUGCCUUCACUACAGGAAAGUUGAUAUCAAUGAUGGCCAGCAUUGAGGGAAUCGCCGACCAGUUUGUAGUCACUUUGGAUACGUUUGCUAAAAAUGGCGAAACAGUAGAUAUGCGCAAAUAUUUUAGCGCCUUCGCGAUGGAUGUGAUCAGUGCCUGCGCUUAUGGUAUAAAUGUUGAGUCCAUUAAUAAUCCCAAUCAUCCCAUUGUUGUCAACGCCAAGAAAAUACUGUCCGUUAACUCAAACCUAAGUUAUGCCGUAUCAGUACUGUUGCCACCGAUUGCCCGACUCUUACGUUUGGAACCGUUUGACACAAAAGCCAUAAAAUUUUUGGAUUUGUUGGUCAAAGAUAUAGUCAAUGAACGGAAGAUAUCUACAAAUGAGGGCAAAAAGAGCUCAGAUUUUUUACAAUUAAUGAUUGAUAGCGAGAAAAAUGACAGAGACUUUGAUUUGGAUAACAAUAAUGAGAAACAUAUUCAGAAAUCGGGAGGAAAUUUAAACAAAAAUACAGUUAAGGCUUUAAGUAAGACUGAGUUAACGGCUCAGGGAUUCACGUUUUUCAUCGCCGGUUACGACACGACCAGCGCUUCGCUCUCUCAUGUCGUCUAUUAUUUGUCUCAAAACAAAGACAAACAACAGAUUCUGAGGGAAGAACUCAACGCUUUGGACACAGACUUCACGUAUGAAAACCUAAAUCAAUGCCAAUAUUUGAAUGCAGUUAUCGAUGAGACCCUACGACUGGCCCCACCCUUAGGCACUAUUCAAAGAGAAUGCAUUCGGGAUUAUAAAUUGGGAAAUACCGGUUGA